AUCCGCAAAUCCCCAUCCUCACAGUCGAGGGACUCGAAAGCCCGAAUGAAGAUGCUCAACGUCUCGGGUCGCCGGAGCCUUGUUACCGGGUGAAACCGAGUAGUCCGGGAGGACGCGCACAGAAGGAGCCGCGCACAUUCCGCAGCAGGACAAGCCCUUGUAUUUUUUUUGAUUUUUUUUUUUGUUUUCGGCGCGCGCGCGGGCUCUUCGCCGACAUGGAGCUGAAGAAAUCUAUCUCGGACAACGAGCGCGCGCUCAGGAGCUACGGCGCCGUGUCGGAGACGGCGUGGACGACGGACAAAGGUCACUCAGACGUGUCCAUGGCAGAGAGCACCAUGUCUCCGGAUGAGAUCGAGGUGGAGAUGGCUCGUAUCCAGCGCCUGCGCGAGGUCCUGGUGCGCCGCGAGUCAGAGCUGCGCUUCAUGAUGGAUGACAUUCAGCUCUGCACAGACAUCAUGAGUUUAAAGCAGGAGCUGAGGCAGAUUGUCACAGUGCCAGAGAAAGAGAAAACAAAGAAGCACAGGCAGCGGGAAGAGGAGCUGAUCCUGAAGAUCCACAAACUGGUGCAGAAGAGGGAUUUCCUGGUGGACGACGCGGAGGUGGAGAGAUUGAGGGAGCAAGAGGAGGACAAGGAGAUGGCCGAGUUCCUCCGACUGAAGCUGCUUCCUCUGGAGAACAAGCUCAGAGCUGCACAAAAUGCUCCGAAGCCCAAGAGACAAAUCCUGGAGCUGCCCCCCAACAAGCCAUCCAUCACCAAGUCAGGAGUGGCCAUCAUCAAGGACUGCUGCGGGGCCACCCAGUGUGCCGUCAUGUAACCCGCAGAGGCCCCUCGACGACCCCGCCAACCACACGCGCAUCGCAUCGCAUGACAUGACAUGACAUUCAUCACUCCCCUGUGACUCAGAGAACCCCAGUUAGCCCACGUCUCCCCUGGACUCUGUUCAGGAGUCAGGUUUGUAAUUUAAAUACAGUUUCGGCCACAGAGGUCCAUCCAGCAGCUUGUUCAAGUGGCGCGCGCGCGGAGCAAAGCGGAUUUGAAUAAAUGACGGGAGUGGAAAAUGGGUGUUCAGAAACAGACGUCAUCGCGUAACCUUCGAUUUCACGGAGGCGAUGAGCUCUGCGACGAUGUCAUCUGAUACACAGUACAUGUAAGGUGGAGAACUACAAGCACAAUGUCCACUAAGUGAAGUACGAAUCCUGGGUUUCUCUCUCUGACAGGGAGAGAAAACACACAAACAUGUUUUCAUCUCACCACGUUUGAUUAGUGGGGUUUUUUUUCUCCUAUUCCCCUUCAGCCAUUUAACACAAACCUGUGAAUCGCUCAACUUUUUCCGGAGACCCAACCACACAGAUGAGGUGAACAAUACUGACAGGGGUGGAAAUGCCAGUGGUUUUGUGCCGGUGAAGCCGAGACACGUUUGCCUCCUUGCUUUGGCUUAAACAGCAGAUUAUGUCAAGAUGAUGAUGGCGACAACUGCGGUCGCUAAAUAGCUCGCGAAUGAACACACUUAUUAAAGAGACUCAAUCCAAACUGACACACCCACUGCAACAAAUUUGUGUCUUAAAGCGACCUAAUGAGACUAUGAAGUGAACGUCAUCUGCGGCUCCUUCGUGUUCCUUAAAGAGUCAAAGAGGCGCAAGGGGUCACAAGAUCAAACCGCAGGAUUAGAACGGUGUUUAAGAAAACAUACAUGGAAAUUAAAUUUGACUAAUUCGUAACUUUAAGAUCAUUCUCAGCGUUGCAUUCAAAUGCUUGUUCAAACUUUUGCUUUACACCACGAAGGCCCAUCACUAACAGCAACGCAGCGUUCUGGUUCACCCUGUAUAUGCAAACAUACCGUACAUGUUUAAUAUUUAUUCAUUUUAAUUUAAAUGGUCCACUCACUCCUGGCAGUACGACAUCCUUCAUAGUGAUUAUGGAAAAUUGCAGAUAUUAAUGACAAACCAAACACCCUGCAUCCUCUUGAGUUUUAGUCUUGCGUUUUUAUGAUAAACAUCAGGAAAUGAAUGCAACUCUCUUGUAAAUGCCUAAAGUACGUGGUGUAUGUUUGAGUGUAUUUAGGACUUCAGUGACCACGUCAAGCAAAGCGUUGCUCUGCGUCACUUUUCCUUCCUUCUGAUAACUUAGCGUUCCUUAGUGGUAGAACAUUUAUGAAGAUCCUAAUGUUGAAUAUUAAACAAAUAUGCAGAAGAACAAGCUGAAACUACCUGUACAUACAUGUUUAAAUAAAGAGCAUCUUUCAGGAA